CAGCUUUGCAAGGUGUUAGCUUUGAUUAUCAUCAUGAGUGCGGGCUCAUACCCACGUUGGAGUUUUGUACUUGAUCCAGAUCCUUCAUGGACACGCUGCAGCAGUGACGUUAUGUCAUGUAGACUCAGCAGGUCCUGAAAGAUCAGAAAAACUCUCUCACUGCAGAGCUCGACCGUUUCACUCUGUGUGAAUUGUAAAAUGAAUAUAGGGUCACAUGUGAGCGUAAAAAAAAAAUCAGCCGAGGUAACAAAUAUAUUUUCCUGUAAAUACCGCAGUGAAGUUAGUUUCAGGUUGGAUAUAUUUUCCUGUAAAUACGGCGGUGAAGUUAGUUUUAGGUUGGAUAUAUUUUCCUGUAAAUACGGCGGUGAAGUUAGUUUCAGGUUGGAUAUCUGACGGACAUUCUCUGAGGAUCUACCGGUGUCUUCUCACUCUCCAUAACCGGGAAUAACAACAGCAGCGCGGUUAAAUCUACUCGGCACCCUCACUGUCAACGCCAGGUGUUAAAUAAGGGACCGUCAAUAAAUUAGUAGUUGAUGUUCUCAGAAAAGGCUGUUUUCCUUCAAUAGCCUCCAUGUCAUGUGACCAACUGACCUAAAAUUGAUUUCAAAUUUUCCAUUUUAUUUUGGAAAACACAUUAUUUGAUCAAUUUUCAUUGUUCCCCUGAAGUUCUAUGUGUGCUCCUUACUUUUUCAACUUAGGAGCACAUCUGCUGCGUGUGAAAAAAGUUAGUGUCAAGCUCUGCACUGAGGUCUAACCCUGAAAGAUUUUGGCAGAAAUUUCAUGUCAGUCUUAAUUUGUACAGAGCGACUGGAGAAGGAGGGACAGGAGCCCAACGGGCCAGUACCCCCUCCAGUCCAAACCUGCCAGGGUAGACUGUGGAUGAUGCUAUAAACACACAUUGUUGGCACAUAGCGUUAGUGAUAAAGUGGUAGUGAUAAUCCCAGAGAUCAGCUGACUGUCUCUAAUUUGAAUAAUCGAACCCUGACUAAAACCCUUUUCUCUGUUUCAGUCAAAACACGAAGUUAAAACAGCCGAGUCUCGAACUCUCUUUGUUGAACUGGGAGUUCCUCGUCGGUAUGUAGGCCAGCUCUUUAAAGCGCCCGAGUGUGUGUGUGUGUGUGUGUGUGUGUGUGUGUGUGUGUGUGUGUGUGUGUACGCUUUCGUGUGUGUUAAACAGUUUCUUCCUGACAUUGUGGUGGUCAGAGCCCUGGGGCGAGCGGAGGGGCUUUACCACCUGAUGGUGGUCGAGCGAGGCGCACUUUAAGACCGGAGAGAGAGGGAGAGAGAGGGAAACAAAGAGUGAGUGGGAGUGUGUGGUUUAUGUGUGUGAUGCCUGACUCACCUCUCGCCUGCAGGCUCUAUUAUCAGUGUAACUCACACCAGAGUCCUGUGACAGCCCUGUGUGUGUGUGUGUUUGUGUGUGUGUGUGUGUGUAGCUCUGAUGAAGCCGUUGUAGUCACACAUUCCUCCCUCUCUCUCUCUCUCUCUUUUUUCUCACCUGUAACUCCUUCGUCUUCUUCUUCUUCGUCACCAUGAAUCAUACAAACACACACCGCCUCUUUGUUCAGGUCUGAAGAUGAUGUUACGAUGGUGUUGAGAGGUCACUGUAUUUCUGUCUUUGUCCUCAGGGGCUCUUCGGUGAGUUAUCAAACGUUUAAAUUGGUGAUGUGUGUCGUCUGUAACCACAUUAGAAUAGAAAAAAUUAGAUUUUUCUGCAUUUUUGUCAGAGUUUGAAACCAAAUUGAGCCUCAAAAGAUUCCCACUGCACAUCGAUAUGAAGAGGUUUUAACGUGAAAUAUUGUGUCUCUCAAUGACUCAGCACCAAAGCCAAGCAGAGUAUAAUUGGUUUGCAACAACAACAACUCAUCCUCCUGUAAUGUCAAUAAUGCACACCCUGUGUUAAAGCAACUCAUUUCUUUUUAAAGGGUUAAUCUGCAGGUUAAACACGUGCAUUGGUGAUAAUGUAACAGCAGAUUUUUAUCCCUCAAAGGUCUGCAGAGACUCGGCACACUUUGUGAUUGAAAGAGUUUUCAGUGUUUGGAGGAUCUGUGGUGAGAAACUGCCAAAACAAAAGCAGGAAAGAAGAGAAGGGGGGUGAACUCUGAGGGCAGCCUGUGCCACACUCACUGCAUGUGUGUGUGUGUGUGUGUGUGUGUGGGUAACUUUUAAUUCUCUGCAUCUGGUUGCGGUUAGAUGAAGGAGACCGCAGAUCUUCAGAUCAGUCUGAGCUGAAAGACGGAGCACGUUAAACUUUAACCCAAAUACAUUCAUCUGCAUUAAAUAAAUAAUCCUUAUAUCUGUCUUUAAAUCUCAUUUUCAGAUAAAUAUUUCACUGAUGCUGUGCAGUAUGUCUCUGUUUGCAGAUUGUUGCACAUGCAGAGUUAAAAUAAAGCAGGUUAAUUCUUUCAUCAGUUUAUAAAUCUCUGUUUCAAACUCCUUCUUUAUGUGAUGGUCCACAUUCUCACAGAGAAGCUCCCUCAUGCUUUUUAGAUUAAAUUAUAUCAGAUGAGACUAAAAUAGCUCUGGAAACCACCAGGAAGAAGAGGACAUAAACAGGACGAGCCGAGGAUAAGAUCAGAGAAAACACGAGUGUGAAACAGAAGAAGUUUUUUCUGUGUUUAUAUUCGCUCCGGUGGUUUUUACAGUAAAUGAGAGAAUGAAAUAAGACGUGUAAUCAUCUUCGAUGUGUUUGUUUGUGACUCAGACGCUCGGUUUGUGCGUCCUCUGUUCUGACACACCCGGCGUUUACGCCUCUGACACUGACUGGAAUGUCAGACUGGAGGCAGCCAGCAGGCCGGGAGGUUUUUUUCUCGCUGUGGCGGUGUGGACGUGAUGUUUAGCUGUCUGUCGCAGUGCACGGGACGCCACAGAUAGCAGGAAAGUCUGUUGACAUGCAGCCAGAUAAAACCACAGCGCUGCUUCCUUCUCUUCCUGACUCGUUCAUGUCCAACAGCCUCAGAGAGGAAAACAGGAGAUAACCUGGGAUUGGUAAUCUGACCUGGAAAGCUGUAGAGAGAUAGGAGCAAAUUCACUGAUUCUUUCAGUCUAAUAACAAAAUGACACACACACACCUUAAAAAAAUUAUGUCCCUACUUUAAAUAUUAAAAUCUUUCCAGACUUUGUUUUUAUUUCUAAGAGCCGUCAUCACAGUGUGGUUGAGGUUUGAAGGGAAAGUUUGUUCAGAGUGGUACUGAAGCUCGAAUUAAAGUGUUUUAAAGCUCCCUCAGGAACUUUUGGCUCAGCUCCUAUAAACAGAGAACUCUUUGGUGAUUUUUGACGGUUAAAUGUGAAUUUCUUUUGAAUGUUUCAUUUGGGAAACGUAAAACAGGACCGUUUCUUUAGUUUCACCUUGCAGAGGCUUAAAAAUGAACAAAUAAAAACCCAUCUUCUUGUUAUUAAUGGUUGAAUAUCGAAAUAAUCUUAAUAAAACUGUGCUAAAUCUAAUCUAAUUUUAUCUAAUCUAAUCUAAUCUCAUUUUAACUAAACUAAACUAAUCUUACCUAUACUUAAUUUAACUUAACUCAACUCAACUAAAAUACACUUAACUUCUUAACCUAAACUAAACUUUCUAAUUUACCUAGACCAAUUCAAUUCAAUCCAAUGUAAUCUAAUCUAAUUUUAUCUAAUAUAAUCUAACACACACUAAACCAAUCUAAAAUAAAAUAAAAUAAACUAACCCAAUCUUAUCUAAACUAAACUAAACUUACCUUACCUUAUCUAAACUAAACUAAAUGCAGCUAAACCAACCCAACCUAAUCUAAUCUGAUCUAAUCUGAUCUAAUCUAAUCUAAUCUAAUCUGAUCUAAUCCAAACAUAACAUAAACUUUACUAUCAUAACCUGACCUAACCUUACCUACCCAACCUUAUCUUACCUUAACAAAAUUAAACUAAACUAAGCCAACCUUAUUUAAUCUAAUCUAAUCUAAUCUAAUCUAAUCUAAUCUAACCCACACUAAACUAAACUAAACUCGAUUUAACUAAACAACACUAAACUUUCCUGUACUAUACUAAUGUAAGAUAACUUAACCUAACCUAAACUCUUGACUUGUCUAAUCUUUUAAAAGGAUGGGUUCUGGGAUAUACAGUAGGGUGUCAUCUGCGUAAGAUUGAUACUAGACUCAUAUUUCUGAAUGAUCUGACUGAGAACCAGCUUGUUGAUGGUGAACUAAAGUGGGCCGAGAAUAGAUCCCUGAGGUACCCCACAGAUGAAAACAAAAGAAGUAAAAUCAGUCAUGAAGUAAGCUUCACCUUAGUUUGAUUUUCUCUCCCUCUCUACAGAAGACGUCUUCUCCGAGGUCUCCGAUCCAGCCUGGAUGGCCAGACUCUCUCUCCCCCUCACAGCUGAUUAUCACGAUAACGUUUUUGUCCCAAAUGGGCCCCCGUCUCCUGAGAGUGAGCUCCUUCCCCGGGACGCCCUGGACUCCUCAUCCUUCUCCACUUUUGGUAAAAAAAUCAAACUUUGUUCAUUUUGAAUCAAAAAGGUAAAAUAAAAAAUGUACAAGAUGUUUGAUCUACCAAAAAGAGAAAUUUCAGCUCCACAGAUUUAGGAACUUUUUGAUGAAGUGGUAUAACUUUAGUCUCCGGUCUGUAAAAAAACAUCAGAGUGAUACCUCCCUCUCCUCUUCCUCCUCUCAGGUAAAACUCCAGAGAAGGACGGCCCACUGGGCGGGGCUCUCCUGUCUGAGGUCAGCACGCUCUUUGAGAUGCUGAUGACGCAGAAAGCCGACGCCCACCCCGGCCCGCGGCCUGACGUCCUGUACCGGCUCUCUGCGGCGUACCGGCGCUCGCUGGGCCUGGACGGGACCGCAAGUACCGCAACAAGCAACACAGCAAAGAACUCUGGGAGCUCUGAGAAGAGGUCGGGCCUGGCUCCGCCCUCAGGAUUUUUUCAAUGA